AUGAGGUUCUUGGGGCGCCCCAGAAAGCAUCUGAGACCGAAGCGUUCGAAGAAGAAACUUCAGUGGGCGUGCGCUCUCGGAUGCACGCAUGCAGCAGAUGAUUCGGACGAUGUAUCUGAUGAUGGGGAUGAUGAUCACAACGAUGCUGCUGUGAUUCUGCCUCCAGAACAACUGCAGCUAGAUGCCGACCUCAAACAGGAAAUGGAGAUGGACAGAGAGCUUUGGAACAAGCAUAUCGGCAGCGUCUUCGGCCUUGACAUGGAGAAGCUGCCGAGGCGAUGGCUUCCUCCGGGCAAUGUCAUGGACCUGUACAAUCUGUUCCAAGCACGUUUUCAGCAGAAGUGGUCCACGAAGCUUGUUUUCCGAAGUACAACCGAAUUUGCCGAAUGCGACCGCUGCUUCAGCCUCAAAGAGGGCAUCCGGCAAGCUAAGGAUUUGGAUACCAAAAUGGGCUUCGUUUACCAAUACAAGCAUCAUUUGGAGGAUGUGCAACGUGACAGAAGCCUAGAACAAAUGCUCCAGGCAGAAGACUGCUUCACGAGCAGCACUCCGGUGCUGCUCAUCCAAACAGACGGCAUGGAUCAAGCGAAAUGGAGUGUUCCCAGAUUGUGGGAUCGGCCCAGCAAGGAGAUGAGUUCCGUUGUUCGGAUGGACCCUGAGCUGGUGUGCUAUGUGCAUCUGGCUCACGACAGUUCGAUGACCGUCGAGGUGGUGCUGAUGGUGUUU